AUGGCCGGGACCUCGCAACCCCAUCCCGCGAGCGCCCCUUGCGAAAACGCCGCAGCAGAUGCCGCUACCUCCACCACCUUGCCUGCGCAAAACCAGUCUCCAACCUUGGAGUCCAAGGCUGUUAGCCCCAUCGCCAACAGAGUAUGCACGCCCCUCGGUCUCUUUGUCCAUCCCGCCGAAAGAGGUCCUCCCAUAAGCAUGCCCCAGACGCUCACUCCCGAGUCUGGCCCGGCCUCUCCCACCCGAUCCGACAAGGUCACGACUUCAACAUCGCCGAUCCGACAAGCCGGUACCAGUCCUACUCGAUCUCAAAUGCCCGCUUCUGAGUGCAUGCGAAGACGAACCGACUCAAUCAGCGACACCCUCCGUGCCGCCGCUGCCAAUACCCGCUCCAAGAUUGAUGACGCCCCUUCGCCGUUGGUCCCUGCCGGAGAGAUGCAACCUCUCCACACUGGCACUGUCCUUGCCAAUACCAAAAUGGUUCACCCGAAACCCAUCAAUAGAAUGGCGCCUGCCGACGUGACCAGCCGCCCUGGCACUGCCAGCAGCGUUGCACAACUCGAAAUGACAGCGCAGCAACUCUCCAUGACGAGUUCCAUCGACGACGCGAUCCGAGAUCUCCACGGCGAAUUGAAACGAAGUGACUCUAGGCGAUCAUCAGUACUCGCCGCCAGCCUCAAAAAUGGAGAAGACAGCGCGCCCUUGGGCCCGCCCCAACUAAAAAGGCACCUAUCGAGCUCUUCCUCCAUUGUAUCGACAAAUAUCGCCGCGCGCCAGGGAGGCUAUUCACCUGCUGCUUUCGUCAAGUCGCCCAGUGCGUCGGGAAGCGCUCGCCUGAUACCCGGUUCUUUAACGGCUCCCUCCCUUCCCGAGCUCGAAACGCCCACUGUUUUGUCCAGGCACGGCCCUGGCAAAAGCUCCGUCCGAAGCGUGCGCUCCGCCAAACUGUCGCUCGCUGAUAUUUCCGAAUCAGAGCCAAUCUCUCUCACACAAACUGUUCUCGAUGAGGCUGACAAUGCCCCGCCACUGGAACUAGAGCCUAUCAUCCAUGAAGCAGCGGCCCAUGAGGAGGAACUUGACCACGAGCCAAGCACCCAAGCUUUCCAUCACAUGAUGCAGAGCAGUGCUUCCCAGCAACCUGCCUAUAGCAACUUAACAGAGCGCAAUCGAGAUGUUGCUACAGAACUCGACUCCGGAAACCGCCCUAGUUCCUCGCAUUCGCAAGAUACGUUCCACCAGGCUCAAAACGCCUUCUUCGAUUUUGAUGGGGUCCACUGUCCGGAAAAUGUUACUGAUGUCGAGGGUCACGACUACCACAACGAGCGCAUCCCUGCCGAGCGGGACUAUCUCCCCAUUGACCAGCAUCUUGGGGAAUUGGAGGACAAUGUCUUUGAUCUUGCCCCGUUACAACUUCCACAAGCCACCCCUCAGCCGCCGUCAUUCUCGUACGGAGAUGAUUCCUUUCCGCAGCCGCCGCAACCGGUUGGUCUUAUCCGCCCCCAAUCGUUUCUUGAUCCUUCGUCUGGUGUUCAGAUGAACUAUUAUCCGGCGCGUGUUCCUGCCACAUUGAACAUUCCCCAGAAGCUGUCAAACAAACCUAAAGCCCACCAGAGAAACUCGAGGCAAUCCAAGGUGCUCAGCGUCAUGAUGGGCGGCGCUCAUCAGUCCGCCACCAGCGACCCUGCUCGCCGAGCCUCAGCCAUGCCCAUGUUAGGCAGCAUGACUGAGACGGCCGAUGACCCUCGCCCUACCAAGGAACGUCAUCACGAACGUCGACCCUCAUUCCUCCCCUUAUCAACCGAGGACAUGGUCAGGAUUAACGAACCUCUUCCCGAACCCGCCGAUCCCCCCGCGCCCACGCGCGAGAGCUGCGAUAACCUUGCUUCUACACUCCGAAUUCCGAAACGCAUUUCUGAGCCUAAAGUUGAGAAGCGCAAGAGUCGAAUGUCUAUGAUGGGCAAUAUUCCUGCUCAGCUUCGCGCAAGUGCAUACUUUGACUCGCCCGCUCUCACGACCGACAUCGAAGCAAAGGACGGCUCUGCGAUGAAUGCUCUUGACGAUAUCUUGAAUGCUGGGGCCAGCGCUCCAGUUGGGGCAUUCACUGAUCACCUCUAUGCUGGAAAACUUGGCUCAGAGGUCUACGGAACAGCCAAGAAACCGUCACAAGAUUCAUCACCAUCCUUGCCGGCGCCACCAUCCAGCGAGAACAGUGGCAAACGGCGAUCUUCAUGGAUGCCGCUCGGCAGGCGCAGUCACAGCCGCAAUAGCCGAGACAGUGCCAAGGUACACAACGAUGAUCCCAACUCUCCCCAUCUGUCGGGCGAUGUCGACAGUGACCAGGUCAUACGGGUGCCUGCGGGCUCAGCAAACGAAAACGGCCAAGGUGAAGGAGAAGAGGGUAAGGAAGGGGUGGACGAAGCCUAUUUUGGUCCCCCAAGCACUCUGCUUGCGGAGUUGCAGUUUCGCAAACAGCAGCAGAAGGAUCGUAUUCAGAACAGAAUCAUGGAUGCGCACGGAACGCAAGCUACACUUCUCGAGCUCGAUGCCGUCGCUGAGACACAGAAGAAUGAUCGCAAGAGCAAACGUGUCAACUUGCUCUGGGAGGAUCCCGACGCACACCUGGACCAAAAUGGCUCUGACGAUGAAGACGUUCCUCUUGCCAUUCUCGCGGCUAGGCAACAGGGCGCAAAGAACAUGGCAGAUCUCGAGCGUCCGAUUGGCCUAAUCGAGAAGAGAGAGAUUGAAGAAAAUGAGCCGCUGAGUAAACGUCGUGCGCGUCUGCAAGGAUUGGAUAAAUCGUUUUCCGCGCCUCGACCUCAAAGCAUGUUGAUGGCCCCUGCUCGGUUGGGCGAUACACGGCCGCGGCAAUCGAUGAUCUCCUUGAACGUUGUUGCUCCUGAGGAUAAUGAAGACGAAACGCUUGCUGAGAGACGAAUGCGCCUGGCAUUGGAGGCCGAGAGAGAGAAGGAGGAGAAAGAGCUUUCCUUACCUUCCGCGCGGCCCGUCAGCACAGCCUUUUCUGCCGAGCUCUUGAGCCAGUUUGACCCUCUGGAAGCAGGACGAUCAGAGGGUGCCAUGGAUGGCAAAGACGCUAAUAGGGGGGUGGAUGCGGCGGGGCCAGAGGAGGAAGAAACACUCGGGCAGCGACGGCGGCGCUUGCAAGCCGAGAAGACGGCUCGUCAAGAAGAAAUGGCACAUGGCGGUUCCGCGGCGGGCCCCGGCUCCGGCUCCGGCUCCGGAGGUCUCAAGGAGCGUCGCAUGAGCAGCAUGAGCAUGGCGAGUGUUCUUUCGGUGCACGCAAGAAAAAGUCCAGACCUACGAGUCCAGGAACAGAUACGGCGACGACAGGAGGAGGAACGCGUUACGCGAGAGAAUGACGCCAAAAUGGCAGCCAUGCGUUCUCAAAUGCCCUCGACAUUGACCGUCCCGGGAGUUGUACAGAAGCGAGGAUUCCACAACGGGGCGUAUAACGACGGCCGUGGAGGCGCUAUCGCCAACCACCGCCCCGUCUCUGCCCAAUUCCUCCCGCACGGUCAAUUCAACCGACCAAACAGCAUGGCAUUCAACCAUGGGCAUCAGCAGGGCCUCUACAUGAACCCCUACGCAGGAGGCAGCGCGCAGACCUUUGGCGGUGCUAACAUGUACAACAACGGGGCCAGGGGCAUUUAUGGUGGGAUGCAGCCCAGCAACCAGAUGCAAAUGCCGCACAACGGUGCCUCGAUGGACCGAGUGGAAGUUUGGCGACAGGGCGUCUUCCCCUGA